AUGAAUGUAAAGUUCUCAACACAAAGGUUUCCUCAUAAUCCUUCAAUUAAAGAUGCUAGUGGAACUAUUUGGGGAUGUGUAGUACAACCAUUUAGAAAUAAUUAUAGAUGUAAUGAAAAUGCAAAGAAUAUUGAUAGAUGUAAAAAGUGUCUUGGUUAUAUCAAUCCAUUUGUUACUUUUGAAAAGUCUACUUGGAUAUGUAAUCUAUGUAAACAUGCCAAUCAUAUAAGUGAUGAUGACAACGAGGAUACUUCAUUCAAGUAUGCAGAUGUAGAUCAAAGAAAUAUCUACCCUGAAUUGACAAACUCAAAUUUGGUAUUACAAGUGGAUCAAGAGGAUGACGAUGAGGAUCAAGACAAUCUAUCUGAUUCAAUUUACAACAAUAAUCCUACCUAUAUUGCAUUGGUAGAUAUAUCUGGUAACAAUGAACAAAUGGAAGUUAUUAAAAGUGGUCUUGAAGCUUUAGUACAUGCAUUACCUGAUAAUUCAUUAUUUGGAAUGAUAGUAUAUUCAUACAAAAUUGGAAUAUUUAAUUUAAAUUGUUCUUCACCAUCUAUCAAAUAUCUUGAUGCAAUCUCCUCCUUUAAUAAUGAUAUUAGUUUAAAUGAUAUUUUACCAAUCUCUGGAUUCCUUGUAAAUAAAUCAAAACAUGAAUCAAAUAUAAUGAGUGCCAUAUCAAUAUUAUCAGAUAUAGAUUCUACUAUUAAUCGUAAAAAAGGUGGAAGCAUUAGAGCUUUGGGUCCUACCAUAUCACUUUUAUUAAAUUAUUUACAAUCUUCAAAUCUUUCUCUACAUGUUAAAAUUGGAAUAUUUAUGGCAGGUAAACCAUCAGUUGGGGAAGGAUCUAUAGAUAAAGAAUAUAAUACUGUAGACUCUAUGUAUAGUAGUUUUUCAUCAAAAGAUUUCUUGAAACCAUCAUCAAACACUUACAAAUUGCUUGCUGAAAAGGCAAUUCAAGUUGGUUCUCAUUUCGAUAUCUAUGCAAUUGGAUCAACUUAUUUUGGUUUUGAUACAAUUAAAUAUUUAUGUACAAUCACUGGUGGUAACCUUUACAGAUAUACAAAUAUAACUUCAACUUGUCCUCUUCCUCAAGAUAUAUAUAAAUUAGUUUCAAAUGGAUGGGGAUUUCAUGGAUUAUUAAGAAUUAGAACUAGUAGAAAUUAUAGUGUUGAUAGUUGUUUUGGUAAUUUAUUACAAUCAAAAACCUACAAGGAUUUAUAUCACAUUGAAUCAUGUUCAACCUUUACAAGUAUCGCUUUUGAUUUCAAAUUUACCGAUCCAUCUGCAUUUGAAGGUGGUGAAAAUCAACCAUUUAUUCAAAUUGCAUUCUCCUAUACCUAUUUGCCACCAGUCGUCGAAUCAUCAACCGACUUGUAUUCAUCAUCGCCAUCCCUAAUGGUACAAGACUCUGCCGAUAGAGUUAAAAGUAAUUUUAGAACAUUGGAAAGAAGACUUCAUGUUUUUACAGCACCAAUUCAUGUUGCAGACUCACCAGUAGAUCUAUUUAAUAAUAUUGAUUUAGAAACUACUAUUUGUUUAUUAACUCAUAAAAUUAUAAAAGAAUCAUUAGAAAAAGGGAUAAAAGAAUCAAGAUUAUUAUUAUUAGGAUGGUUAAGUAAUUUUAUUACAAGAUAUAAUGAAAAUGUUGUUAUUUUAUCGUCUGUUAAAAGUUCGGUUGAUCUAUCGUUUGGUCAAACACCACAUCUCAAACCAUUACCUCGAUAUGUUUUUGCCUUGCUAAAAGGAAAGUUACUAAAGACUAUUCACAAGUCAAUGGAAGAAGAUGUAUUGGAAAAGAGAUCGGACGAUUGGAUUUACACACAGGUUGUAUAUUCAUCACUCGAUCAAAAAAUGUUACACCGAGCAAUUUAUCCUGUGUUGAGUACAUAUGGAGCACCCAACAAUUUAGCGUCAAAAUAUCUCACACUGUCAACCACCACCAUCACAUCCAAUAUCUCACACAUCUAUCUAUUGGAUGCAUACGACACGUUGAUGGUUUACUAUGCCCCACAAGCAGUAUCCAACAUGUACAUGUUCCCACCUCCACCUGACAGUCUCAUUCGCCAAACCAUCUCCAACAGCAAACAGGAUAGACUCAUUGUACCCUCUGUCGAAUAUACAAAGGGCCCACUUGAACAAGUUGGACAAUUCCGACAAUACCUAGUGGAGGAUGAAAAUACCGAUGGUAACUCUUAUAUACAAUUUAUUAAUUCUGUUGAAGAAGGUUUAAAGAAACUUUUAUCUUCUACUCUUCAUUAA